GUUUCGCUGAGAAAUAUGGUAUUGUGCUAUGUUUUAUCGCAUUGCCUGACCUCUACCGAUGCUCGUUCAUUCAGACAUAGCACGCACUCCUGGCACCCGUUACUGACGUCAACCAAAGGCCAAGAAAAUCAUCCUCUGACUCUUGAAGUACAAACGCAGGCCGCAAUGGAAUUACGAGUACAUCGGCCCAGACAUACUUUCAAGCCACGGACGAGGGCGGACGAAGGCCAUGGGGUCGACCCGAGCACGUCCUGGACACCUGCCAUCACAAUUCAUGCUAUAUAAUGCCUGACAAUUAUGCUGAUUCCAUCGUCACGUCUGGGAAUGGAUCUCACGUACCAACAGGUCAAUUGCAGUCAUGUCCGAAGACUUCCCCAUCGAGCUCGAACUAGGCAAAACCAUUCGCACGCUCCUCUACUCCCAAUUCUUCAACCCACCACCAUAUCCCGCCAAUUCCUUCGCCAACCAAACAGUAAUCGUCACCGGUUCGAACAUCGGUCUCGGUCUUGAAGCAGCCCGGCACUUCUACCGCUUGAACUGCACGAAACUGAUACUGGCCGUCCGAACCAUCUCUAAAGGUCAAACCGCCAAAGAAGACAUCGUCCGCAGCGUCACGCAUCGCGCCGACGCCGACGCCAUCGAAGUGUGGUCUUUAGACCUCAACAGCACUGCGUCGACGCUAGCUUUCGCGGAGCGGGUGAAGAAGGAGCUCGCUCGCCUCGACGUACUGGUUGAGAAUGCCGGACUCGGUGCUCAGAAAUGGAUACCUGUCGAAGGAUUCGAGCAGAGCAUCCAAGUGAACGUCAUCAACACUCUUUUGCUAGGCAUGUCCCUCUUGCCUAAGUUGGAGGAGACCAAGUCCGCUUGCGAAGACUCAUCGCCACAUCUGGUGAUCGUGAGCUCAGAUGGUCUACGGCUCACCAAGUUCAAGCAGAUCAACAACCCAGAUAUUUAUGAGAGUUUGAAUACCGAAGAGGGAUUCAAUCCGCUCGAGUGGUACUGCAUAAGCAAACUACUCGAAGUCCUCUUCAUCCGCGAACUCGUCGAUCGUCUCUACCCCAUUAACUCCAACACACCCGUGAUAAUCAAUCUGGUCAAUCCUGGCAUGAGCCGGUCUGCCUUCUCCCGGGACGCAAGCCUACCUGUACGUAUCGUCGACACCCUCAUGCGCUGGAUGUUCGGGCGUUCCGCGGAAGUCGGCUCGAGAACGCUCGUACUUGGUGCGAGCGCUGGACCCAAUUCCCAUGGUGAAUUCAUGAGUGAUGGCCAAAACCAGUAUGUAGCCGGAUGGGUGCAUGAAGAUAUUGGCAAACGGGCACAGAGAAAGGUGUUUGAGCAGACGUUGAAGGUGUUGGAGAUGAGAAGUCCCGGAGUAGGUAAGGAGGCUGGGCUAUGAGAAAAGUGGAUAGGGGUAAAGCCAGUGGCACCAUGUUUGUUGGAAAUACUUUGGAGCCUCGUGAAGAAUGGCUAUGGCAU